UCCCCAUUCAUUAAAUACAAGACAAGCCCGGACACACACCGUCCGACAGCCGGUGGACGAGCGCAGUUUGUUUUGACCGAACCCAGAUGUUGUUGGGGCGGAGUGAAGAACACGCAAAAGCGAAGACAGAGACGAUCUCGGAUUGAAUCCUAGAGCACUCAUAUUUUGAAUUUUUAAAGCAUAUCGGCGCCAGUAGAAGGAGCUCGGGCGAGUUUUUGAGUGCGGGCUGUUCCUCAAAUAGGCAUCGCCGUCAGGGGAGGACAGUGGCGGAUAUCGUCGCUGAAAAUGACCUUGGAGGAUGAACUGACGACAGCCGCGGCGGAGGGAGACACGGCAGCGGUGGAGGCUCUGCUGCGGCGAGGGGCCCCGGUUAACGGGCUGAAUCAGUUUGGACGAAGAGCAAUACAGGUGGUGAUGAUGGGCAGCUCGGCGGCGGUUCGGCUCUUACUGAAUCACGGAGCGGAUCCGAACGUUGCGGACAGAAGCACCGGGGCCACCCCGCUGCACGACGCGGCCCGAACGGGCUUCCUGGACACGGUGCGGCUUCUGCUGGAAUUCGGGGCCGACCCGCAGGCCCGGGACAAGGACCACCGGCUCCCGAUUGAUUUGGCCAAAGAGAACUGCCACACGGAAGUUGUUGCUCUCCUGGAGACUCUAUAACUAUGUCUGUCUUCAUAUGAAAUGUUAUUUAAUUCAAUUGGUUCUGAUUAAGAACCGUGGACAAGGCCCGAAAGGGCCCUAAUUUAUAUUCAUUUGUUUAUUAUUUAACGAGAUGCUUAUAAUAUAUUUGGGUAAAGAAGGACUUUUACUGGUCUACUUUUAUAAAUCGGUUUAAGAUUAUAAAUUUUAUUUUAAAAAAAGUUUUAUAAAUGUUCAUACAAUGUUUUUUUUUUUUUUACUGUUCUUCUGAAAUUGAAUAUUUUGCUCAAACUUUUCUUUAAUGAAGAAUUUCUUUAAAGCACUCAAAGCUAAUUCAGAAGCCACAACUUGUUGCACAUACUUGUUUUAUGCACUAUUAUGAAACCGAUACACUGAGAUGUUAUCUCCUUGUAUAAUUAUUCGCACUUUAGUUUUAAAAAGUUAUGGGGAUAGCCCAUGUGAGUUCAAAAUGCGGAAAGCGAAAGUAAGCAGGCUUCAGGUUGUCAUAAUGGUGAAUUAUUGUCUUUCCACUCAAAUAAAAUAAAGAAAUGAUUUAAUGACAUUCA